AUGGCCGAACCACCUGCAAAGCGAGCCCGACGAGUCGAUAGCUCGACAAUGUGGGAUAUGGAUGACCGGCCGACGCGUUCACCCGAACCAGGCUCGGAAUAUAAUAGGAGUCCUAGACGUGAAGCAAACGUAAAGGAUGAUGGGCGACGAGAUGGACCGCGCGAUGAUCGAAGAUACCGUUCCCGCUCAAGAGAUAGAAUGGACAGGCGGCGAGAUAGGAGUAGGUCUAGGGAUCGCCGGGACCGCGAUCGGGAUCGCGACAGGAGAGACCGAGAGAGAAGCGUUAGCCGCGAUAGAUACUAUGAAAAGCGAGGGUAUCCUUCAAAAGGGGACAGAUACCGUGACCGUUCUCGCUCCCCCCUUCGAAACGGGAACAGGGAUAGAUCUAGGACACCACCUCUUCGGGGACCCAGGGGAGACCGCAGGAAUGAUCGUAAAGACCACAGAACACAGCCGAAUGGUGCCGCUGACUUGAGGACUCCAAAUCGGUACAAAGACGAGAUGGAUAUGGACAUCGAUGAUGCCGGGGAAGACGAUGUUGAAGAAAUGAUGCGUCGAAGCAUGGGAUUCACCAAAUUCAGGAGCACAAAGAAUACCAAGGUACCCGGGAACGACGUCUAUGGGGUGCGGAUGGAAAAGAAGACGGAAUACAGACAGUAUAUGAACCGUAUAGGAGGAUUCAACCGACCACUCAGUCCUUCAAGAUGA